CGGAAACCGUGCAUGGCUGGAGGUAGUGGCACCGCCCGGGGCGGAGACGCUGCUGCUGUUGCUAGACGACGCAAACUAGUCUUCGUCACUUCCUCAGCCCGCCGUCUGCCCACUCCCCAGGCCGGAACCCAGGGGCCCGGAGCCGGAGUGGGCGCAGGGUCGUCCUCCGAGGUCCAGGAUAGCGGUAAGCCGGGCAGCUGGAGUGGAGGCCACGCCACCUGCGGGGAAAGACCCGAGCCGAGGCGGGAAGAUGGCCGCAGACAAGCCUGCAGAUCAGGGAGCAGAGAAACAUGAAGGGACAGGUCAGUCCUCUGGGAUUACUGAUCAAGAGAAGGAGUUGUCCACCAGUGCUUUCCAGGCUUUCACAGCUGGAAAUUAUGAUGUCUGUCUGCAACAUCUUGCCUGCCUACAAGAUAUAAACAAAGACGAUUAUAAAAUAAUUUUGAAUACAGCAGUAGCUGAGUUUUUCAAAAGUAACCAGACAACAACAGAUAGUUUAAGACAGACACUUAACCAGCUGAAGAAUCAGGUGCACUCGGCUGUUGAAGAAAUGGAUGGAUUAGAUGAUGUUGAAAACAGUAUGUUGUAUUACAAUCAAGCAGUCAUCCUGUAUCAUCUCCGGCAGUAUACAGAAGCCAUAUCCGUUGGUGAAAAACUUUAUCAGUUCAUAGAACCUUUUGAAGAAAAAUUUGCCCAAGCAGUGUGUUUUUUGCUCGUAGACCUGUAUAUAUUAACCUACCAAGCUGAGAAAGCUUUACAUCUUCUUGCUGUUCUAGAAAAAAUGAUUUCACAGGGCAACAAUAACAAAAAUGGAAAGAAUGAGACUGGUAAUAACAGCAACAAAGAUGGGUCUAAUCAUAAAGCUGAAAGUGGAGCUCUAAUAGAAGCUGCGAAGUCAAAGAUACAUCAGUAUAAAGUAAGAGCAUAUAUCCAAAUGAAGUCCCUGAAGGCAUGCAAAAGGGAAAUCAAGUCUGUCAUGAACACAGCUGGGAAUUCUGCACCCUCCCUGUUUCUUAAAAGCAAUUUUGAGUACUUAAGAGGCAAUUAUCGAAAAGCUGUGAAGCUGUUGAAUAGUUCAAACAUUGCUGAGCAUCCAGGAUUCAUGAAAACAGGUGAAUGCUUGAGGUGCAUGUUCUGGAAUAAUCUUGGUUGUAUCCAUUUUGCCAUGAGCAAGCACAAUUUGGGAAUUUUCUACUUUAAAAAGGCUCUGCAGGAGAACGACAACGUCUGUGCACAGCUCAGUGCAGGUAGCACUGAUCCAGGCAAAAAAUUUUCAGGAAGACCCAUGUGUACAUUACUAACCAACAAGAGGUAUGAGUUGCUGUAUAACUGUGGGAUUCAGCUGCUUCACAUUGGAAGGCCUCUUGCUGCAUUUGAGUGUCUGAUUGAAGCUGUUCAGGUUUACCAUGCAAACCCCCGCCUCUGGCUGAGGCUGGCUGAGUGCUGCAUUGCUGCCAAUAAGGGGACUUCUGAACAAGAAACUAAAGGUCUUCCAAGUAAAAAAGGAAUUGUACAGUCUAUUGUUGGUCAAGGCUAUCAUCGUAAAAUAGUUCUGGCAUCACAGUCCAUACAAAAUACUGUAUAUAAUGAUGGACAGUCUUCAGCCAUUCCUGUAGCCAGUAUGGAGUUUGCAGCCAUUUGUCUCAGAAAUGCCUUGUUGCUGUUACCUGAAGAACAGCAAGAUCCAAAGCAGGAAAAUGGGUCUAAAAAUAGUAAUCAAUUAGGUGGCAACACAGAGAGCAGUGAAAGCAGUGACACUUGCAGUAAAAGCCACGAUGGAGAUAAAUGCAUUCCAGCUCCACCUUCUUCCCCAUUGAGAAAACAGGAAUUAGAAAACUUAAAGUGCUCCAUACUCGCCUGUAGUGCUUACGUGGCUCUGGCUUUGGGUGAUAACCUUAUGGCUUUGAAUCAUGCAGAUAAACUUCUUCAGCAGCCCAAGCUGUCAGGAUCCCUGAAGUUUCUGGGCCAUUUAUAUGCUGCAGAAGCCCUCAUCUCUCUGGACAGAAUCUCUGAUGCUAUUACUCAUUUGAACCCGGAGAAUGUCACUGAUGUCUCCUUAGGGAUCUCUUCAAAUGAGCAGGACCAAGGAUCAGACAAAGGUGAAAAUGAAGCAAUGGAAUCCUCUGGGAAGCGGGCACCUCAAUGCUACCCCAGUUCCGUCAACUCAGCCCGGACUGUGAUGCUGUUCAACCUGGGCAGCGCCUACUGCCUGAGGAGCGAGUAUGACAAAGCACGGAAGUGUCUCCACCAGGCGGCCUCAAUGAUCCAUCCUAAAGAGGUGCCCCCUGAAGCCAUCCUGCUGGCUGUCUACCUUGAGCUGCAGAAUGGUAAUACCCAGCUGGCCUUACAGAUCAUCAAAAGGAAUCAGCUGCUCCCUACAGUGAAAACACUCUCUGAAAUGAGAAAGAAGCCAGUGUUCCAGCCUGUCCACCCGAUCCAGCCCAUCCAAAUGCCGGCGUUCACUGUACAGAGAAAGUGAUAUUUUGCUCUUGGAAAACUGUUACCUGAGACCCAGGGGAGUAUUUGCAGGCCUUUUUAGUUGUAUCACAGCAAAAUGAAUAAAAGACAGAUGGUAAAGGAUACUAGUUUUGAAGACACAAUUUUGAAAUGAUUCUAAUCCCUGAUUUUUUUUUGCCGGAAACUUACAUCAAAUUAAGGAUUCACAGCUCAUUUUCAUCGGUUUUCCUUUAAUCUUUGCUAGACUACUAUUUUUGAGCCAUUAUGUGAUAUAUAUGUGUCAUAGGCAAUUAAAACACAGUCUUACCAGAACAGUCUCGUAUAAUACAUUUUGUCUUUCUGCAACGGUUAGAGUAUUUUGGCAUCUGAGAUUUAGUGUUAAAGUUUUAAAAAUGGAGAGAACAGUAUGAGCAGAUGAGUAGCCAGUCCAGAAGCCGAUCAGAGGGGAGGGGAGGGGAGGAGAGGGGAGGUUGGUGUGUUGUACACCUAGCUAGGACUAAAAGGGCCAGAAAAUGCAUAAUAAAACCCAUAGGGCUAGUCAAAUUGGGUUAAGAAGAGAUGACUGAUGUGAUAGGAAUCAAUCAUUUGCUUAAAAACUACAGAUGAAGACAAACAGAGUUGAGGGCACUGGUCUCGUUCACCCUCCUGUACCCAUAGGCAGAAGCACCAGUUCUGGACCCUGUUAGCAGGGAGUUCAAGGUUCAUUGCUAACCCCUUUGGAAAUGCAAACAGGAACUUAAAAGCUUCUUUCCAAGACAGGUAUGCGUUGCAGGAUUGACAUGGCCAAAAUUUGUCCAUAGGGUCGAUACACUAACUGUAAUUAGGAAAAACAAAACACACUACAUACAGGCUUGCUUUAGAAAAACUGGGUGACCCCUAGUCAAGAGCACAUUUGGUAGAUUCAUCAGAGCUUGCCGUUUAGGAUCAUCCCUUGCUGUCAACAUCUCUUCAGUUCCCAACUUUGGAGAACAAGUUCAGAUAGGGAAACACACUAGCUGAAUCUACAUGGUUACUCGGUUUCACAACUGGAGAGGGGAGUGUAUGGAUAAGCACAUGAAUUUAUCUGAAACUUUAUCUGAAUUAUUCUGUUGCUGAUAUCAGUUUAGUUAGGGAUCUACACAAGAACUGAGUAUUUGUGCUGUGACUAGACAUUGCCCACAGAUGACUCAGAGAAAGGGAGCAAUUCUUUCACUUGAACACAGGAUGGAUGUGCACAAGGGCUCGACUGCUCUUUUGCCACGUUGCAGUUGUUUAUAUACAGAGCAGAUUCUUUCCAGGAGGAUACAGGAAACAGAGGUGGCCUAGCUCCCUUGGGCCUCUCGAAGGCUUUUCCAAAUGGGAUGGGAGUAGGACCCGUAAGCUGCACUGGUGCUGGUCCAAGUCUGCAGGUGCUGCUUUCCCAAGCCCUGGACAAGCAGCAGCACCGUGGGACCCCCUUGUGUGCUGCAGGGUGGUAGCGUUGCAUAGCCAGGGCAUUUCCUGGACAGAGUCCACAUGCUUCAUAAACUGCUGGGAACCCACAGGGUCUUGGGCAGUGUAUGGUGGUAGAAGGCCUGUAAUUGUACUCGAGGGCAGUACAUCUUUGGAGAAAUCUCAAAAAAAUUAGAACUUUCCCUGCUUGCGGGUUGGUUUUGGGGGGAAAGCGGUAAUAGCUAUGAGGCAGAUUAGGCCCCACGUUGCUGUGUUAAAUAAUACUCUUGGCUGCAAGUAGCACAAAAUGGAUCCAUGAUUUAAACAACUUGAGAAGGUGGUACGUAGGCAGCUGGUGGCCUUUAAUCUAGUGCUCAGUGAUGCCAUCAGGGACUCAGCCCUGUUUUUCUCACACCACUGUCUUUAGCAUUUGGGUUUUUGUCCCCGUGGUCACAGGAUGUUCCAGCAUUACAUCUGCACUGAAGGCAAGAAGAAGAGGGCAAAGGCAGCCUAUCGUGACAGGAGACCAUCAGGAACAAAGUUUUCCCAGAAACCCCCAGCAGACCUCGGCUUCCCUCUCCUUUGUAGGGCAAGUCAUGUAGCUAUCCUUAGCUGCCGGUGCUGGGACAGCCCUGCACAUCUUAUGGAGAAGCCAGUGAAGUGUUUUCCCAACUGGAGAACUCUAUAUAUGAUGUGUUGUCAAAUUAUGAUCCCAGCAGCCCAGCUUUGCCUUCCACGGUGGCCCUUGACAGAUCUGAACACAGUACAUGUAAGCUCUUCACCUCUGUGACUUGUCAUAUGGAGUCCAUCAGCCAGAUGGCUUCUCCCACCUGUUUUUCCUGCCCCAAUCCUUUAGCACCACGUCUGCUAACAGAGAUAAUCCUAACUGUGCUGAGGUUUAGGUUCCACGUCCCUGAAGUUUUUCCUAGCUGUCCCAGUUUCUCCCCCACCUUUGUGUCCCUUGAUCGUACCUUUUCUUCUAUGGUAUAGGGUAUUCUGUAGUUUAACAGGUGCAGGUGCUCAAAGGGUGGUGUCAUAUCUGAUGGGGUUGUGAAUUCUGAGACGAGCCUCGUUAGCUUCUGUUCAGGCUUGAUCACCAGCAAAAUGGGGCAAAAUUCACUGCAUGGGUCCCUUCACAGACCCAGAGAGAAUGUGAUUGUGAGUGUCCCCAGAACUGCAAGGCAUGAACUCUCAGAAGAGCUGGAGUAGUCUUUCAUUUUGCCCAGGCACUUACUCCACAAGAAGACACCCCUGCGGAGCCAGCGCCUUCAGGGGCCUCUCCUGCCCCGCCUGCACCCCAACCCCACUCUCGGAACAACACAACUGCUGUUCUCACCACGCAGAACCCCUUAUCGACUAAAGCUGGGAGCUCUGCCCCUCACCCAACCCAAAUGACUUGAUCACUCUCGAGGCUUUUGAUGGGUUUGCACAACGAGGCUAACUUUCCUCAGGGCCUCGUGUGAAGAUUAAGAUGAGAUGAUGAAUGCAAAGGGCACUGGGUGGGCAUUCACUACAGGUGAGUUCACUUACCCUCCUGUUGCCCAGAGGACCUGCUCAGCCCAGUCACCCUCGACACUGCCUUCCUUUCAGCCUUGCCUCUCUCAGGCUCCCAUCCAGCCCCCUACUUGGAAGCCACCUGGAGAAAGGUGAUCGACGACAUUGUGGACCCUGGAGCCAGGUUCUUGGACUGGCUUCAAAUCUCAGCUCUCUCACUGGGACAAGCUUGAUCUGGAACAAGUUAUUUUGCUUCUUUGUGCCUCAGUUUCUUCAUCUGUAAAAGGAGGACACUGACAGUACCUACCUCACAGGCUUGGAGUGAGGUUUAAGGUCCUGGACAUUGUUGUUGCUGGAUAUGAACUCCAAAUGUACAAAGGGGAACUCUAUAAUUUUUUACUGUUUAAUAUAAGGGAUAACCAAAGCAGAAACUGUUUUCUGAGCCACUGACACUGUGGAGUUGGGUGGUAGAGAGCAGGGGGACUCCUCCAGGUAAAUGGCUGUCUCCUUCACUCUGGAUACAUCCAGUGUCUGGGGUGUAGUUGUUGUUCAGUAGAUACUGGCAUCCUGUGUUCUCAUCCCAUUCUUACCUGCCUCACCCAGGCCCUCAUCCUUGGAUGACAAGAGGUCUCUUCCCCACCCUUUCCUCCUCACCUCGGCCUGUGCCCUGUGACUGCCUGCAGCACAGCCCUGACUCCCACUGGGGGCCUCUUCAUGGUAACUGCUCCCCUUUUCCUACUGAGCUUCUGUUGAUCCCUCCCUUACACCCCAUGUGUUAUCCAAACUGGAAUCUGCUGUCUCCCAAAAGUGGUCACCAUUUCCCAUCCCUAGGACUUUGCUUCAGUCUCCUCCACUCCCUAGAACUUCGUUCCAGUUUCAGUGUGUACACAUCCUGCUGUCUCACACUAACUCCCAAGGAGAUACCUGUUACAAACCAAGUCUUCAUUCAUUCCACAUAUGCUUACUGGAGGCGUGUUCCGGGUUGGUGAGCUUUUCACAGAGCCCUGUGGUAACCUGGCAGAUCUUCAGGCUCAGUCUAUGUUCUGUUCUUUGUCAUCUGUUUCCUUCCCCUUCCUGGAUUGUGAGUACUUUGAAGACAGGGCUGUGCAUUAUACAGUGUGUGGAUUGUUCUAGAUAAACAGUAAAGUCUGCAGAACAGAA